AUGAAUAAUGACCGUCGAGUUCAUCAACUUGUUAAUACAGAAGAUGAAAUAAUUGCUGAUGAUUCAACGGAACAAUCAGUUGUUGAAGAACAAAAUCUCGUUUCUCAACCGACAGUAACAAGAGCUCAUUCAUUAACAUCAUCUAUAUUAAAACGAUACGAACGAAAUUAUAUUUCGGCAUCAUGCAGUAUGUUUGCUAUAGCUGCAUUAGCAGUCAGUCUGUCUGAUUAUCGAUGGUUCUGGUUAAACGGUGGCUUGUGCAAUUCAAAAUAUAUUGGUUUAAGCAUGUUUUUUGCAGUUGGAAAAUUAUUUGUUGUCCGAGCACCCGUACCAUGGGACCCAUCAGCAGCUAUGAACGAUAUAUAUCAAUUUAAACCGAAUGAUUAUAUGGAAUUAAUUGGUUGUGUUGAUACACGUUCAAUAUUAAUUCUUCGUCUAAUGAUAACAUUGAUUUGUUUAGCGAUAUUUUCUUCAACGAUUGGUUUUUUAUUGGAUGCACUUGGGCCGAUGAAAUUCGGACUAAAAUUUAUGAGGCGUCAUGCUUUUUGGCAUAUUUUGUCAGUUCUUCUUUGUACAGUAGUUACCGGUCUAUGUUUUUGGACGUCGGAAAUAAUUUAUGAUAUUCAAGAUAAAACUCGCUCGAAAAUGGGAAAAAAGGUGGAAGUACAAUUUGAUGUCGCUUAUUAUCUUGUUGUCAUAUCAAGUGGUCUUUCAUUAUUAGCUUCUGCUUUUGCAUUAUUAAGACGAUAUCCAACAGCUGAAGAAGAACAUUUAGAAAGACUAAUCGAUGAUUGGUCACGACGUGAAGAACCCUUAUUCAUUGAACGUGCUCUACCGGCGUCAAUAUCAACAAGUGAUGAACCACCACCAGAUUAUUCUGAACAGAAUGUUAUUGUAGUUUGA